AGCGACCCCUCGCUCCUCCAGCGCCAUUCACCUCCCGGUCCUCCUUUCUCUCGCAACCACCCACCCCUCCACCCGACACCUACUGACACCCGCAUCGGAACCAAUCGCUAUGUCCGCGCCUGGCGGCGCUCCGAGCCCUGGACCGCGUAGCGGUAGCAUGGGCCCCGGCGCAAAUGGAGGCGGCAUGCCCAUGUCGUCGCAACCACCUCUCUCGGGCACUCCGGUACCCCAGCCACCCACUCCGGGCCAAAGUGGCCCUAUGUCACAGCAGAACUUGAACCAGAUUGUUAUCGACUAUCUGGCCAAGAAGGGUUACAGCCGCACCGAGGCCAUGCUUCGCAUGGAGUCUGCCAAUCAAGAGAUUGACGGACGUCCUCUGCCGCCUCUGGGCGAAGAUGCUCGUCCAAAGUUUAAGCAGGGCUUUGACCUACUGAAGACCUGGGUCGAAGAAAACCUCGAUUUGUACAAGCCUGAGCUCCGCCGCGUUCUUUGGCCGCUUUUCGUUUACUCAUUCUUGAACAUGAUUACUUCGUUGUACACCAAUGAAGCCAAGCAGUUCUUUGAGGCCAACAAGAACAUGUUCCUUCCGGAGCACACGGACGACAUUCGUAUCCUGGAGCCCAUCAGCUUACCGGAGCAUGUCCAGGAUAACUCCACGGCUAAGCUGUACCGCGGAAACAAGUAUCGUGUCGUUUUGAGUAACCCUGCCUACACGAAUCUCCUUCAAUUCCUCGAAAGCAAGGAAAAGGAGGGAGGUUCCGUGAUGAAUGCCAUCCUGAGCAGUUAUUGCACCGUCAAAACGAUGGACCGAGCUGCGGACGACCGUUUCAGCUUUGCUGCAAUGCUAGGCCAGAUCGGUGCCGGCCAGUCGUUCCCUGCAGAGGAUGAAGGUAUCCCCGGUCACCAUCCCGGUUCGGCUUACACCGGCGACAACCCAGCUAUGGCUGGAACACUGCCCCGACUUCGACUGGGCAAGAUGCCUAUGGAGGAAACGCUGGAAGGUGAUGUCCGCGCCGAACUCGCAGAAGAAGACGAGAAGGAGUCUCCCCUCCAGGGUCGUAACACUCUGGUACAGGAGUUCGACCAGAUGAUCAAGAAGGAGGAGGAUGAUGAAGCGCCUACCCGUAACGACAUCCCUUUCCCACCCUCUACCGCUCGUGAUGUUGCGGUUGAAGUCAUGAAGGUCAAGGAGAAUCGGGAUCGAUACCGGCUCGAAGGCCGCACUGGUGGUGUAGGCCCCGGUGUCAGCGUUUGCAUGUUUACGUUCCACAACACCUAUGACAGUAUUAACUGCCUUGACUUCUCGGAUGAUAACAUGCUUGUGGCCGCUGGAUUCUCGCAGUCGUACAUUCGUGUCUGGAGCCUCGAUGGCAAAAACAUCGAAGAGGCUCACGCCGACCUGGAAAAGCUGCAUGACCUGCCGCCAUCAAACUCUCGCCGUCUCAUCGGGCAUUCUGGCCCCGUUUACGCGGUUUCGUUCGCACCUUCGGCCAGCAAGGCAGAGAAUGUCUCCGACCAGGACCGCGUGCCUACCAACGCUCGCUGGUUGCUCUCUUCGUCUGCCGACAAGACCGUCCGACUAUGGUCUCUUGAUAUGUGGCAGUGCAUGGUAAUCUACAGGGGCCAUGAUCGCCCGGUCUGGGAUUUAUCCUGGGGACCCUUCGGUCACUACUUCGCCUCGGCGGGUGCAGACAAGACCGCACGCCUCUGGGUGACUGAUCACCCUCGUCAGCAGCGCAUCUUUGUCGGGCAUGAUCAGGAUGUGGAUUGCAUUUGCUUCCAUCCUAAUUCUGCCUAUGUUUUCACUGCCAGCUGCGACCACACUGUCCGCAUGUGGGCCGUGACCACCGGAAAUGCCGUCCGCAUGUUCACUGGUCACACCGGCAACGUCACUGCAAUGGAGUGCAGCCGGGAUGGCAAGAUUCUGGCCUCGGCGGAUGACCAGGGAUCCAUUUUCUUGUGGGAUUUGGCCCCCGGUCGCCUUCUGAAGCGCAUGCGUGGCCACGGAAAAGGCGGGAUCUGGUCUCUCAGCUGGAGCGUCGAGUCUACCGUGCUGGUCUCCGGAGGCGCCGACGGCACCGUCCGCGUCUGGGAUGUUUCCGCUCCUCAAGAUGCCACCCAGGGCCGCGUGAUCAGCGAGGGAGGCGCCGGUACCAAACUCGAUGCUGCCAACGCCCCCGCGGCGGGCCAGAGUAAGAAGAAGAAGGGCAAGGACGUCGUGGUCUCCCCCGACCAGAUCAGUGCUUUCCCAACCAAGAAGAGCCCGGUCUACAAGGUCAAGUUCACCAACAUGAACCUGGUCGUUGCGGGUGGUGCCUAUCUUCCCUAGGUGCUUCGUUCCUUCUAUUCUGGCGCAGAUACCCCAGGUUUUUCUUUACAAUUGCAUGUUCAGAAUCUUCACGUCCAUUCGAGAUGUGGAAUCUGAACUCUAAUGAUAGGUGUUCGGAGGGUGGCGCACGGUUGUUUACACAAAAAAGCCAUGUAUUCUUAUCUUACAUUCUCCCUGG